UUCUAUGGCUGUUUUGGAGCAGUGGCUUCUUCCUUGCUGAGCGGGCCUUUCAGGUUAUGUCGGUAUAGGAUAUAGAUACUUUUGUACCUGUUUCCUCCAGCAUCUUCACAAGGUCAUUUGCUGUUGUUCUGGGAUUGAUUUGCACUUUUCUCACCAAAGUACGUUCAUCUCUAGGAGACAGAAAACGUCUCCUUCCUGAGCGGUAUGACGACUGCGUGGUCCCAUGGUGUUUAUACUUGCGUACUAUUGUUUGUACAGAUGCUCCCUUGGAUGAACCAGACUUGUGGAGGUCUACAAUGUUUUUCUGAAGUCUUGGCUGAUUUCUUUUGAUUUUCCCUUGAUGUCAUGCAAAGAGGCACAGAGUUUGAAGCCUCUGCAUGGCGAGCUAGCAGCAGCAGAAGUGACUCUCCCUAGAGCAGGCAGAGAGCAGUGGUGUGGCCCCGGCCUGUAGAGGAGGAGAACCAUGGCCUCUAGUCAUCAAAGGAACUCUGUGCGAAUCCUGUCCACCCGGGAGCGCGGCUCGCAGGCCUUUGGCUCCCAGCGCCUCCUGCAGCAGAUGGUGGAGGAGAAGGUCCGCUGGAUGAAAUGGCAGAGUCAGAAAGUAGAGCUGCCAGAUAGCCCUCGCUCCACGUUCCUGUUGGCCUUCAGCCCAGACCGGACCCUCAUGGCUUCCACUCACGUCAACCACAACAUCUACAUCACAGAGGUGAAGACUGGAAAGUGCCUGCAUUCGCUCGUGGGCCACCGCCGCACACCCUGGUGUGUGACCUUUCACCCCACCAUCCCCGGCCUGGUGGCCUCCGGGUGCCUUGACGGAGAGGUCCGCAUCUGGGACCUGCAUGGUGGCAGUGAGAGCUGGUUCACAGAGAGCAACGUUGCCAUUGCCUCACUUACCUUCCACCCCACCGCCCAGCUCCUCCUCAUCGCCACCAACAAUGAGCUACACUUCUGGGACUGGAGUCGGCCCGAGCCCUUCGCCGUGGUCAAAACCGGCAGUGAGACUGAAAGAGUCAGGUUGGUGAGGUUUGAUCCUUUGGGGCACAAUCUUCUGACGGCUAUUGUGAACCCCUCCAACCAGCAGAAUGAUGAUGAGUCCGAGGUCCCCAUGGACAGUGUGGAGAUGCCCCACUUCCGCCAGCGCUCCUUCCUGCCCUCCCAGCCUGUACGCCGCACGCCAAUCCUCCACAACUUCCUGCACAUCCUGUCAUCGCGCUCGUCGGGGGCGCAGGCUGGGGGGGAUGCUUCCCGCCCUGGCGGGGAGGGCAGCGGUGAGCCUCCCAGCAUGCCUUUGGGCCAGUACCCAGCCUCGCAGGACCGUGGACUGCCCUACCCAGGUUGCACCCAGCACCUGGGCAUGGUGUGCCUCUGCAGCCGCUGCAUGGCCAACCGCAGCCCCUCUCUGGGGGAGGGUCCCUCCACCUCCAGGCCUGUUGUCCACCCCGAGCUUCCCCAGGUGGCCUCUCAGCCAGCCCCCCACGCCUCCACCUUUUCGGCCCGUACGGAGCCCCGGCAGUCUUCAGAGCCCACUGGAGCCCAGCAGCGGCCCUCGGCCUUCACUACAGUCUACUACAGUGCCGGCAGCUCCCUGCACCGCGCCGUGCCUACCACCCACGUGGCCAGCCAGCCCCUGAGCCAGCAGCUGUUGCCCCCACCCGCCAACCACCAACAUCAACCCCCAUCCCGCCCUCUGCCCGGACCUGACUGGACACGCAGCCUGCUAAACAUGAGAAGCUCAGAGAGCGGGGCCGGAAGUGGAGGGAGCAGUGGAGGGGGUAUGGGUGGUGUUGGGGGUGGGAUGCUGCCCCCCCGGACCAGCUCAUCCUCUGUCAGCCUGCUGUCAGUGCUGCGGCAGCAAGACGGCUCCUCCCAGUCCCCCGUCUACACCUCCGCCACCGAGGGACGAGGCUUCCCCCCGCAGCCGGGCGCCGAACUUGGCCCCAGCCCUGUGGCCAAUCAGAGAGGAGGAAGUGGUGGUGGAGGAGGAGGGGUGGGCUCCAGCAGUGGGCACCACCCUUUCUGGGAUGGCACGCGCAGCAACCCGGCCUCGUUCCGCAAUGUGCUCCAGUGCAAUCUUAGCCGCUACUUCAUGGAGUUCGACCGCAUGCAGGACCUGGAGUUGCCGCUGGGGGCCGCCAGCAUGGAUGUCGGGGGAGGGGAGGGCGGCCAGGAGCAGAUGCAGGAGCUGCUCAACAACAACAUAGACCCAGAGAGACCCGGGCCCUCCGUGUCCUCCCACUACCAGCCCCAGCCACCCCCACCUGCCCCUACCGAGAACAACCCCCCUCCCUUCUCUAGCGCCGCCCACUCCUCCCGGGGCCACCUGAACCGCUGCCGGGCCUGCCACAACCUGCUCACCUUCAACCACGACUCCCAACGCUGGGAGCGCACCAGCCCAGCGUCCUCCACCUCCGCUGUCUCCACGCAGGAGGGCUCCAGCUCUCCCUGGCGGCAGCCCCCCAGCCCUGCCUAUGAGGAGCCCCAUGCAUCAUCACGGAGCCGGGAUCCACACCCCCAUCCCCAAGAGAGGGAGAGGAGGGUAGCCCAACCCCCUGAGUCCAGCGAGCUACAGCCCUCCCCAGGCCCUCACGUUGCGGCCAUGCCCUAUCCCCCCAUUGCGUCGUCCUCGGCCCAGCCCGGGGAGCAGACAGUGGGCCUGGUGUUCAACCAGGAGACAGGCCAGUGGGAGCGCGUCUAUCGCCAGGCCGCCUCCAGCCGCUCCACCGACGCACCGCCAGAGGCCUUAAGCCAGGAAAUGCCUGUGGAUAACCCGGAUGAGGACUCUCUGAGAAGAAGGCUGUUGGAGUCCUCCCUCCUCUCUCUAUCCCGCUACGACAUGGGAGGAUCCCGAGACCACCCUAUCUACCCAGACCCCGCCAGGUUGUCCCCGGCUGCGUACUAUGCCCAGAGGAUGAUUCAGUACCUGUCAAGGCGGGAUAGUAUUCGUCAGCGCUCGCUGCGCUACCAGCAGAACCGGCUGAGGACACUCUCCUCCUCGUCGGACAGCCCUGCCGGCAACCCCUCGGCUGCCAUUGAGAACAGCGAUGUGGACUUUGAGGAGCUAGAUGAUAACGGCGACAGGACGAGGCACAGAACACCGCGCAACGCCAGGAUGUCUGCUCCUUCGCUGGGGCGCUUCGUUCCCCGGCGGUUCCUGUUGCCUGAGUAUCUGCCCUACGCUGGGAUCUUCCACGAGAGGGGACAGCCUGGCCUUGCCACUCACUCCUCUGUCAACAGGGUCUUAGCAGGUGCCUCCAUCGGGGACGGCCAGUCGGCGGUGGCUAGUAACAUAGCCAACACCACCUACCGGCUGCAGUGGUGGGACUUCACCAAAUUUGACCUGCCUGAGAUCAGCAACGCCUCUGUGAAUGUGCUGGUGCCAAACUGUAAGAUAUACAACGACGCCAGUUGUGACAUCUCAGCGGACGGGCUGCUCCUGGCCGUGUUCAUACCUAGCAGCCAGCGGGGCUUCCCUGACGAGGGCAUCCUGGCCGUGUACUCCCUAGCCCCUCACAACCUGGGGGAGAUGCUGUACACUAAGAGAUUUGUUUGUCUUUCUUCUCCCUCAGGUCCCAAUGCCAUCUCGGUGAGCCUGUCUCCCAUGGGCUGCUACGUGAUGGUGGGCCUAGCAUCUCGCAGGAUCCUGCUACAUCCCUCCACUGACCACAUGGUGGCGCAAGUGUUCCGGCUGCAGCAGCCCCACGGCGGCGAGACCUCCAUCAGGAUGGUGUUUAAUGUGGUGUACCCCAUGGCUCCGGACCAGCGGCGACACGUCAGCAUCAAUUCAGCCAGAUGGCUUCCAGACCCGGGGAUGGGCCUGGCCUACGGGACCAACAAAGGAGACCUGGUCAUCUGCAGGCCCGUGUUGUACCGGAGUGACGGAGAGAGCCCGGCCGAAGCGAGCACCGAGCCCAUAUUCACAGUCAACAACAGCGGUGGUGGAACCAGCAGGACCCGCGGUACAGAUCGACCAGGGGCCCCCAGUCGCUCCAGCUGGAGACUUGACAGAGACAUGGGUCUGAUGAACGCCAUUGGCCUCCAGCCCCGACACCCCGCCCCCUCGGUGACCUCACAGGGCACUCAGACGCCCAUCGUGCAGCUGCAGAACGCCGAGACGCAGACAGAGAUGGACCUCUCCGGGCCCAGCACCUCCCACGCUGCUGCUUAUGUAGAAGCCCGUCAAGAGGUCCCGUCCACAAGCCGUGAGACCCAGGGAGGUCUGGAGCAGCCACAAACCAGCCGGACCGAGGCCAGUGCCAUGGGGGACUCUUCAACAGAAGCCGGCACCUCCACAGCCAACAACGGCGAGGCCCCAGAGUAUGCCCCGGGAGAGGACGCCCUGGCGCGGAUCCGCCGGCUCAUCGCAGAGGGCGGCAUGACGGCGGUGGUCCAGCGGGAGCAGAGCACCACCAUGGCCUCCAUGGGCGGCUUCGGCAACAACAUUAUCGUCAGCCAUCGCAUCCACCGCGGCUCCCAGACCCGGACCGGCGCCGCAGCCUGUCGGCCCAGCAACAGUGACCCCAACCUGCCUGUCCCCGGCCACUCUACAGCCUCCAUUUCCACCUCCUCCGCCUGCCCCCUCACUAUCUCCCAGCCACAGCCUUCCCAGACCUUGCUUCUCAGCCUGGAGAACUUGUCCGCUCCCACAGAACCAGGCCGGGUGUGGGGGCUGCCCUUUGUCUCCCAACCACAACCCCCCAGCCAUGCUUCAGGUGCUGGGGCCGGGCUCUCAGUGGCCAUGGACAUCGACAACGUGUUUGAAGUAGCCAGCCGAAUGGACAAUUCUGAGCCAGGCCCCUCUUCCUCCCUGAUCUUCUCCUCUUCCUCCUCCUCUCGCAGGUCCUACCCUCCCAGCAGUGGCACAAACGGCAACGAUAACAACAGCAGCAGCAGAGAUAGUUACCCAGGUGACCCUUACAGCAGGUAGAGUGUGAUUUGACCAUUAUUGCUCAGGAGUGGGAGAGAAUCCCCCAGAGCAGACAGUGGGUGACUGAUGCUUUGGGCCAUGAGAAGGUGUAUCAGGAACCCUAAUGGAACUCAGUGUGGCCCUGUCUAACAGGUGCGCUUCUCCUCAAAGCCUUAUCUCACAAUAAAUGGGUUCUCAGACACUGCGGGGUCUCCAGCCCCGAACAGAAGGGACACGAGCCCCCCCCCACCCCAUCAGCUUCAGUGGCAUUGUGACCCCCUCUGCAUUGGUGUGCACUUACAUUUGCACUUAAAAUGGACCUUAUCUGUAUGAUCAUUCCAUGUCAGGAAGGGCUUUUACUUGAAUUGUGAGUUUUUUUCAGUCCUUCUCUUCGCAUAGGCGUGACCGAUAGACAAGGUUACUCCAUUCAAAGUGCCAAGGGUAAUUGUAAAGAACAACUAAAAAACAGAGUGUAGUGUUCUGGUGCCAUGUGAUUGAAUUUGACAUGAAUUAGUGUGUUUGCUAUAUUUUGAAUCCUCUUUUUUUUGGGGACCAUGUUAUAGGACGUGUAUUUGUAAAUGUGAUGAUAAUGCAUAGCAGGAAAAUAAUCCUAUCGUUGUAUGAAUCAUGAUAUGAUGUGUGUGGCAUGACUAAAGCCAUGCCUUUCAAGAGAGAAUCUGCAGCUGCCUGCUUUCAUUAUCGAUUAUGUCAGAGGGGUCCCCCCAAAAGGAUCAUGGUCAUAUUAUGAGUCCCCAAGUGUACAGAGCAUCUGAUUUGAUGGUACAAGUCUAAGCCCCUUAUUGCUUCAUGUUCAAACAGGAUACAGUGGACAAAAUGGUGGAUGUGAUGUUUCAAUGUCUAGUCAAUCAUUUCUGACUAUUGAUACUGUAGUAUUGUUCUACUGCAUGUUUUUAAUCAUGCUGCAUCGUUUCUGAAGAAAAAAGGGAACGCCAUCGGUACAAAAGUAUUGUGAAAUAUGGACAAAUCGGCAUUGAGGGAGCGAAAGAGUGUUGGGGGGAACUAAUUCGCACACCUGUUUGGGGAGCGUUAGCCAGCUCUCUAGACAGGCUUGUGUCACGCUAAGAGGCAGCACCAUCAUUCCUCUUCUGUUGCACUACAGUGACUGGGUUUAGUGCCAAGAAGCGUGCAGUGAGGCCUGGGUCAGGAUUUCUUUACCAUCUGGUCCCUGGUCACCCAUCCCACAAACAUCCACCAUCCCCCCCUAAAUACGUGAUGUAGACCAAGACCAGACCCAGAGCCUCCUGUCUCCUGCACUCACCACUGGUGCUCCAGGGACACCGUGAGAGCCGAGAAGUUACCACUAGGAUUCAGUGAAACAAACCUGACUGUUGACUUGUUACGCCCAGUGACCCUUCCCACAAAGACUGAGGAGGAGCAGGCAGGGGGCUAGCUGGAUUGGCUCAGCUGUAUCUGUCUGUCAACAGGGGGAGGGUCUUCACUGAGCUUCUUUUCAGUUAAAUCCCCAGCACAAACACACCCAGUGCUUAGGAAGCACUGAGGUGGAGCUGUUCCGUGUGUGUGUAUGCUUGUCUCUGUGUAUGCGUGUGCAGUCUUAAGUGUGUGUGGGGGUGGUGUAUGUUUAUUGGCUCUGCAAAAUGUAGGCAUUCUGCAGCGGAAAAACAGGAGAGCAAGUUUGCCUUUUGCCUAUAACCGUGUGUGGGUGGGCCAGAAGGCUUGUAUAUGUAGCAUCUCUUAGUCAAAGUUACUUUGCCCUAAUGGUGUGGUUUGUCACUUGGGGUACGUCGGGGUGAGAGAGCUUUUGAUUAUAAUCUCAAUCAGCCCCGUGCUGAACCAGGAAAUAGAUUUUUUUUUUUAAACUUGAAUUAUCGAUUACCAUUUAGAUCGAGUUUUGUACUGUAAUGUCUUCAGGGGUGUGUCUGGCCUAUUGUGACAGGCAGAGUGUCCUUAGCAUAUCAUUUCACUAAAGCCCCCCUGACCACGUCGGGUGCUUACAGACAAGAAAAAUAAAUGCCCUGCACAGUAUAACUUUUUUUUUAAAACCCAUAAUGCUUAGCUAUUUACAUUUGAAUCGCUUUGUAGGGUUAUUAUAUUGUUAGACCUCUGAGUAGAGAGAGAAAGAGCGAAUGGAGCGAGUGCCCCGAUUGGUUGUUUUUUGAGCUGUGCAGCGAGUCCUGAGUGCGACUCCAAGCAAACUGUUUACUGCAUGUAUGAAAACUGCUGCAACUGUCUUACUGAUUAGAAGAAAGUCAAAUUGCCUGGCAGGUGAAAAAGAAACAAACUAUCUGAAUGGUCCUCCUGGCUUUACUUGAUUAAUGAAGAUUUUAAAAACCGUUUGUCGGCUGUUCAUGUGUCUGCUUUGUGUGAAAGAGCGCUGUCUCCCAUAUGUCCCUCACCCUGAAUGAUACACAUACUGUAGGUCCACAACUACACUUUUAACAAUGCAAAUCAAUGGUAUACAAAGUCUCACCUUAUAUUACAAAACUUCUAUAUCAAACUAUCAAGUUUGUUCACUUUUUUGGCUUUGACUUUUCUGUGAUGUAAUUAAAAAGAGAUUUGUUGACAUAAAGAUGAAAAAAUUAACAAUUA